AUGUCUGGCACCCGGCCUCUCCUCUCGAACCGCACGUCUUCGGACAUCAGCGGUGACCGUGAUAUCGCAGAGGAAGAUGCCCUGCUCACAGGCCAGCGAACAGCGCGCAUGGAGAAAGAAGGACCGCGAUCUUGGAAGUUCUGGAGGGAGAUAGGUCUGUUUGUCUGGGCUGUCAUCGCAACGGCAGCCGUUAUCGUACUCGCCGUCAUCUUCCAACGGGCAGGUUCCGACUCCAAGACUUCACAUGCGAGCGGAAAGAAGAACCUCAUCUUCAUGGUUUCGGAUGGCAUGGGUCCUACCUCGCUAUCACUUACGCGAUCUUUCAUGCAAUACAAGAACGGCGCGCCUUUCAACGAGCAGCUCGUUAUCGAUCAGCACCUCAUCGGACAGUCGCGGACCCGUUCUGCCUCGUCUCUCAUUACCGAUUCAGCGGCGGGCGCGACGGCUUUCUCAUGUGCACAGAAGAGCUACAACGGCGCCAUCUCCGUCACACCCGACCACGAGCCAUGCGGAACAGUGCUGGAAGCGGCCAAGAAGGCUGGAUACAUGACGGGUCUUGUUGUUACUACGAGGAUCACAGAUGCGACACCCGCCUGCUUUGCGGCUCACGUCAACAUGCGAUCAGAGGAGGACCGUAUUGCAGAACAGAUGGUCGGAGACUACCCCCUUGGCCGCGUCGUCGAUCUGAUGUUCGGAGGCGGACGAUGCCACUUCCUGCCCAACUCGACAGUCGACUCCAGCUGUCGCGCGGAUGAUAGGGACAUUGUGGACUUGGCCAAGAAGAAUGGAUUCAACUACAUCUCUGACCGCGCGGGCUUUGACAGCCUCAAGGGAGGAGCCAGUCUCGACCUGCCAAUGUUGGGACUCUUCGCCGAAACUGACAUCCCGUAUGAAAUCGACCGCCGCAACGAGAACGACAUCUACCCGAGCUUGCACGAGAUGGCUGAGGCUGCUAUGAAGGCGCUCAGUGAUGCGACGAGGGAUAGCGACAAGGGCUUCUUCCUCAUGAUUGAAGGCUCCAGGAUCGACCACGCAGGCCACCACAACGACCCUGCUGCUCAGGUACACGAGGUCCUCGCCUAUGACAGGGCCUUUACAAGUGUGCUGGAUUUCAUCAAGAACGAGGAAACGCAGACGGUCAUGGUCUCGACAUCGGAUCACGAGACUGGCGGUCUGGCUGCUGCUCGCCAGCUCCACGCGUCUUACCCCGAAUACCUCUGGUACCCCUCUCCCCUCGCAAAUGCCUCCCAUUCCGCUGAGCGGCUCGCUCUCGAUUAUACAAAGCAUCUGCUUACCGACCCAUCUGCCGAUGAGACGACUGAUUUUGUGCGCGAAUCGAUCACAUCCGGUCUCGGCAUCUACGACUACACCGACAAGGAAGUCUCUGACCUUGUCGCCGAACCUGCUACAGCUUUGUAUCAAUACGCAGACAUGGUAUCCCGUCGUUCACAGACUGGCUGGUCAACCCACGGCCACAGCGGCGCGGACGUUAACAUCUAUUCAUCUGACCCCAAGGCUGCCAUGGCACUGGUGGGUAACCACGAGAACACUGAGGUCGGGGACUUUUUGCGAGACUAUUUGGGUGUGGAUGUCGAAUCAGUCACCAAGGAGCUCAGAGAAAAGGGUACUGGGUUGACGGUACUCGACGUGAACGGCACAGAGGUCAGCUGGAUGGGUAAAGUGCCUGAGGAUGGGCAAAGACUGGAUGGCCAGACCCAUCUGGCUAGCUAUGGGGGAGAUUUCAAGAAGAGAGGUGACAGUGGUGUAGUGCAUGGCGAGUCGUGUGGAUGUGGACAUUGA